UUCCUAGUCUUCCAUCAUGAACCCUGUUUACAGCCCCGUUCAACCUGGGACUCCUUAUGGAAAUCCUAAAAACAUGGCUUACACAGACAAUGGGUUCCUGCAUAUGAAUAUUUCUUACGGUUAUCCAGCAGGUUAUCCAACCACUGCUCCUGCCUAUACUGCUAAUAUGUAUGCUAGUGGCAGUCCUGGAUAUCCUCCAGCUUUAUUCAUGAUGAGGCAGAGCUGGCCACAGACAUCAACUUCUGGUGCCUCUGAGGGUACUUAUGACCUCCCAGUCGAUGCUGGCACUGAGAGCAGAACUUUCCAAGCUUCUUCUGCAUCAUUCAGGUACACUGGAGGAACCCCUUACAAGGUAGCACCUACUCAGAGUAAUGGUGCACCUCCCCCUUAUUCUCCAUCUCCGAACCCUUACCAGACCGCCAUGUAUCCUAUCAGAAGUGCCUAUCCACAGCAGAAUCUGUAUGCCCAGCAGGGGGCGUAUUACACACAGCCUGUGUAUGCAGCACAGCCUCAUGUAAUCCAUCAUACCACAGUGGUGCAACCCAAUAGCAUUCAACCUGCUAUCUACCCAACUUCUGUCCCUGCUCCACGGACCAAUGGGAUGGCUAUGGGAAUGGUUGCUGGGACUACCAUGGCAAUGACAGCAGGGACUCUGCUGACCACGCCACAACACACCCAACUAGGACCACAUCCUGUUUCUGUGCCAACAUACAGGACUCAAGGAACACCUGCAUAUAGCUAUGUACCUCCACAUUGGUAAAUUUCCAAACCAACUCAUAUCUGGAGUCAGACAUUGUAUGCAACUACUCAAGUCUUACGUUGGUGCUUGUGCAUUGAAGCCACAUGGCACCGAAUCUGUUUGCAAGAACAAAGUGCAAAGGUCACUUUAUGCAUCAGUUAGUGUUUUUAUUUUGUAAAAGCUGCUUUCUCCAAAUUUCUGCCUCGUUUAAGUUCUUUUCCAUCAUUGCUACUCAAAAUUGUUUCAGACCAAUGUGUUAUCACUAGCAAGGCUUUGGCCAAAAAGGCCUAUUCAAUGGUGAGAAUACAUGUCACUCUUUUUAAAAAAAAAAAAAAAUUGAGAGUCUCACCACUUCUAUUAUUGAGAUCUUAUAAAGUCUAUACUGAAAUUUAAAUCAAUGAGUCCAACUUGAAUAUGAUGCACCAAACGCCAAGGAAGAUAAAUACAUUCUUCAGUAUUAAAGAGAAAAUUGGCUAUGUCUCUUUAAUCUGAUAUGUAGGUGUUCUUGAUCUCACACAUUCUGAUGUUGCAUUUUAACAACCAUAAAAUUUUAGACAUGUAAUUUGGACAUUAGUCUUUCUAGUUACAUUUGAGUGUUAUCAGAAUUAAUACUCACCACUGAAAUGGCCUUUAAUCUUUUUUUGUUUUUGACGAUAGAAUUCAGGAAAGCUUUGAGGGUUUAAAGGGAUAUAGAAUUAAUGGAGCACUCCACUCAAUGCUACAGUGCAGUGAAUUCUUAGGUUGACUUAAGUAACUCAGCAUUAUUUGUUUGUUGUUUGGCCAGAAUCUCUGUUCAGGAUACAGUGAUUAGUUGAGUACCAUUUCUCCCCACUACCAAUCCCUUACAGCUAUUAAGUCAGCAUUGUGUUCUUUAAGUACAAAAUACAGGUUGGACUGUAUUAGAAAUGCCAUGGCGUUUGCUUCCUUCAGCUAUCUGUCAGAUCUGACUCAAAAUCUGGAUUCACAAAACAAAGCUUCUCCGAGAACCUGUGAAAUCUUGCUGCAUUACGAUAAAAUUGAACUCCUUGGAAUUUUAAAAUAUUUUGUUAAGCAGUAUCUCUUAUCAAGAUAAUUUGGUUGUCAGCUUGUUUAAGUUAUCAGCUGACAUUGCAAUCUUUUGAAAGCAGGUAAAAUUACAUUUAAAUAUUGUAUAAUUUUAAGUGGUGAUAAAAUUACAGAAGUUCAUGCAGAGUUUUACUACCCUUGUCUUAAUGAAAGGACCUGGCUAGAAUAAUGCUGCAGCUUUAAAACUCUGAAAGUCUUAGUUGACAGGAAUUUGUGGGACAAUGCCAUCCACAUAGAAUGGGAACAGUGUGCUUAAAUUUUUGAAAGAAGAGUGAAUAUUCAUGUCCAGUGAGCUCUUUCUGCCCCGUAUGGUAAAGGUUUCGGAAAUGAAUGUAUAUGACUGGAAAGCACUGACAAGGAUAUGAGGUAAAGCAAAUUAAGAUUUAGGAAGCAUAUAUUUUCCUCCAACUUAGAAAUGGCCACAUAUCAGAAUUCUGUUAAAAUACAGAAGCUGGGUUAUGUUGCACAAUACAUAUAUAAAAAUAAUCUAUGCUACUAAACAGGUACAAAACUUUAUACAUGAGUAUAUAUAUAUAUAAAUAUUAAAAAAACACACCCGUAUUGUGUUUGUGGUUAGCUUAAUAGACUGAUUUCUGAAAAACAAGCUGUAUGAGACCUAGAUUUUACAUAGAAAUGUAAUCAAAUAUAUUAAACUCAAACAGUCUGCUCUUGCAGAAAUUUUUAUGUUCAGAUCACAUAAUUUAAAGAGAGAUUUAGUGGUUAAUUUCCAGAAAUAAUUGUGGAUGCAUUAUAUGCACCCACUGCAUUCUCAACCUAACAGAUCUUAGUUGUAUGGAGCAGCAUUCUGCUAAAUGUAACCUUUAGUAAAGGUGCGAAAGAGUAUAUUCUGCAAUAUCAAAUACUUUUCAAUGCUGAUGUUUUAAGAUGGUCAUGUGCAGGUAUGUUUGUUUACAUUUGUGGGCAGUUGGUAUAUCUGCAUUCUCAAAUAAGAUAUGCCUCUUCAACGAGAUUGUUGCAAAAGAUGGGAUUUUAUGUCUUAGUGUUUCUAGUUUGCAGUUUUAAAACUAGUUUAAAGUAUGCUCAUGUAUCAGACAUAUUUACUUUAUAGCUAAUCGUUAACACUUUUGAGCUACAUGCCAUUUGAAAAUUUAAGCUCACUAAUCCAUUUUUUUUAAAAGCUAAGUUUGAUUUUUAAUCCAGAUUGUUAAAUACCAGAAUAAACACUCUUUGGCCCAUUAUCUAAACUUGCUAUAUCACCAAAUUUUAAGUAUGGAACCUUUAAAGGCAUUAUGCUGUGGAUUUAAUCAAAUAGCUAAUUUAUCAGUGAAUAACUGGAUUUUCUGGUUACUGGACUUUACUGACCAUUUCCAUCAAAAAAUGCAGCACGGGUUGAAUGUUCAGUUUUCCAUUACUAUGCUGUUAGAGAUUUCAUAGUGGUUAUUUAGACAUUAUCCUUCACUAUUUACAGAAUGAAGUACUAAUUAGUAGAGAAGUGCUCAUGUCCCACCAGAAUGGGGAGGGAUAAGUUUUGUGGUUCUUAACUUGAACAUUCUAGACACUGACUGAGAAACAGUCCAGCUCAGUAGAGCAAGAGAGAUAUCAAACAUUGGAUAUGCAGAAAUUCUGUUAUCGCAGUUUGGUAGGAAAUAAAAAUAUGACAGUUUUAAAUUGAAAUUGGUGAGCUAUAGAGAAUUGGCAAGUACAGAUUUCUAAAUAUUCUCUACUAUUCAACCUUGAAAGUAGAAGAAAUAUCACUGCAGGAUUCCAAUGUUUCAGCAACUACUAUAGAAGGAAAGCAAUUCUGAACAAAAAACCACUGUUAAUGCAAAUGAUUGUCUUGUAGUUUUUUUUUCAGUGAAGUUUUAUUUCACCUCAUUGAGAAAUUAUAAGCACAUCAUCACAACCUAGUAAGACAUUGAUAUUACUGCAAUUAAUAUCAGAUUUUUGCAGGACAUUAAUGGAAACACUUCAGCAUCAGGUUUGGUACAAAGUAUAGUAUGCAAAGAGGUUGUGGUAAUUGUUUUCACGUUGAAUUCCCACUAUUAGUUUUAUAUUAAUUGAAUUGGCACAUAGGAACUAUUUAGUGUGACAUUAACUGGUCCUGUUGACCUACCUGGUUUUAAAGGUGUGAGAAGUUGUAAUUCUUCAAAGAGGUUCUGUUUAUGUCUAGAAUCACGAAGCUUAAUUUCCCAGUUGAUUGCAAUGGUCUGAGUUCUCACUGCCCUUUAUGUUGCUGAUGUCUUUGUAAAUGAAGUCGCUUUAAUUAAAUUGACCUGUUAACUGGGGACAAAUAUUUCAGCCACAUUUGAUUAGGUCAGGUUCAGAUUUAGCACAAAUUAGCUAAACAUGGUAAGAAAAUACGUUAUACAGUGGAACACUUACAAAACAUUCUGAUAAAUUUGAUUUUAUUUGAUAGAAAUUUAUCUUUUUGGUAAAUAGUCUUGUUGACUUUCCCCUUAGGUAUACAUUGCUAGGUUUUCUUCUGUUUGUAAAUCUAUCUGAUUUCUUCACAUUUGAAGAGAAAUGUAUGGUUUGCUCUUUCUUAAUGCUUCUCACUGAGUCAUCUUCAGGAAGAAGUAGGUUAACAUUUUGAACAAAAUUACAGUGCCUAGCUUUCUCGAGUAGCUGUUAUGCUACUACAUAGGGAAUAGUGGUAUAGAUUUAGGAGCUUGGGUACUUUACUCUGCAUCAAAUGAUUUUUUUUAACCUGACCUCAUAAUGAUUAGUACUGAGACUGGAUACCAGAAAUAAAGUGUACAUUAUCAGCACUAAUUACCUUGAUGGCCAUAAUUCAUGUUACUUUUCAAAAGAUAAUUGUUGGUGAUAUCUUUUAGAUGGGAAUUAUUGAAAGUUAUUAAAUACUAGCCUUUUACACCUUAAAAAUAACUGGUUGAUUUUAGGCAACAUUACUGCUGGUCAUCAGAACACUUCACUCAAAGAUACACCAUUUGGCAGAUCAGUAUUUUAUCAGAAAGCUGUCUAGAUGUUUUGCUAUUGCCAACAGAUAAGGUGAUAAUCUCAUCACAGACCACCAACUUUGGUUCUGAUUUUGAUAAAAGUCUGCACUCUCAUUCCUAUUUCCUCUGUGACUGUUGAAUCAGGCCGACAUUUCAUUAAAUAUAAAAUGCAUUAAGUAUAAGUUGUUACACCUGGUAGCAGUGAUGCUUAUGGUGCAGUGGUAGUGUCCCUAACUCUGAACCAGCUCAAGUCUCGCCUUCAGAGAUGUGAAAUAGCAUCUCUGAACAGGUUGAUUAGAAAAUAUAACUUUAUUGCACCCUUAGUUUAUAUUCUUUUCAAAUGUGGAUUUCCUUUGAUUUUGCAAGAAGAACAAAAUAUCUUGUUUGGAAAUAACAAAAAUGUAUUGGAAGUGUUCCGAACGACUUUCCUGCUAAGUUCUUAUUGUGUGGAUUUGUUAUGCAAGUACUUUGUGCUGCAGAGUAUAUAUUAACAGUUGAACCUGCAGCGAUGUUGCCAUCCAUGUAUAUUUUCCUUUUUGUUCCUGCUUACCAGCUCACGAGCUAAAUCAGAUUUCUAACUUUUUAACUUUGCCGUAAUUUUGAAAAGAAAAAUCGACGCCCAGAUUUCAAUGUGUUUGCAUUUUAAUUGGACUAAGACUUUUCAUACUGAAUAAUCAUGCAAAUUUUAAAAAUUGGCAUGAUGCUUCAAAUACUUCAGAAUUAACAUUAGAAACUUAAAUUCAGUUGAACUGUGGAAGUUAUAAACUGUUCUUUUAACGUUAAAUGGCUAAUUGGAUGCUCCAGAUGACUUGUGUAUUUAAGGUUAGCCCUUUUGUUCUGGAUUGCUUAGCUCAACCAGUGUGCAACUAUAUGACACAAGAAAAACAAGCAUACAAAAUAACAAGGAUACUUGUUCAACAUAACCAGGUUUUCCAGUUCAUUUAUGAUUAUACAAGACCUUUUAACAGAUUUUUGUACAUCUUUGCUAGAUUAAAAAGUACUGUAAUGCAAGACUUGAACAAUGCAUAUUAAUAGUUGUACUGGCCCAAUUCAAUGUCAUAAGUACUUCAGAAUAUCAGAUUUAAAUAGGAGAGAUUAAACGGUGUGUACGAGUGUUGCUCCUGUAUUUUAAAGAAAGAUAACCUAGGAAACCUUUGCAGUUCAGAUAUGUAAUUUAAGCGCUUUUUACCAUAAGUGUUAUUUAAGUUGUUUAAUGAUUGAUGUUUAUUAUUCUUAAUAGAAAAAAAAACUUUAUGGUUUAACUGAAGUUGGAUGCUUCUUUGAGCUACAGGGAGCAUUUCAGAACACAAGUCUGUGGGCUUUCCUUUUACUGUAUUUCAAUUGCAGUUUUGGACUUCCUUAUUUUGAAUUCUAUUGGAACACUAAUAAAGCAAGAAGAGAAUUAUGGAAAUGUCAUUGUCUUCCAAGCAUAGUUCAUAGAACGCAAGUGUUUUAAUAACGCAGAUUAGAAGUUACUUAUGGAACCUGAAAGACCCACAGUUUACACUUGUGACUAUGAAGUGUAAAUCUGUUUUUUUUUUAUUUUGUUUUUUGGAAAAGAUCAGUUAGUGAUCUAAGUGACAGAAU